AACGUCAUUCGUUGUCAUCUUCCUACGGUGGUGUUUAGGACGCGGUUUCAGUCCCGUCCUUGGGUCUCUUCCGCGGACGGAAUUCCGGAAUCCUUCCGAUCGAGACGCUUCCGGGUCGGAGGGGAAGGGUCGGCCGUAUCCGGUUUCGGCGGGACGCCGGUCCGUCCUCGGUGGCGGCGCGCCCUCCCACGCGUCACGUGUCGACGGCGUCCGGGAAGAGGGUCGGCCUCAGUGGCCGAGAAACCUUCGACCGACCGAAGACAUGGACUCGACUUUCUGGCAGCGCGGCGUUCGCGACGGAGACGACGACCCAACGCUCUUCUCGACCCGCGACGACUGGUGGUCGCAGCCAUGGACGCAGCCGACUUCCCUCUUCCAUCCAGCCGACCAGCGUCCGGCGCCCGACUCGUCACCUUCUCUCUCACCCGUCGACUCGGCACGGGCCGAAGCCGCCCUCCCCCUCCUCUCCGAUGCGGAAUGUUUCCGAGCUGAGGGCAACGUUCGGCCCCGAAAAGAAAGGACGGCCUUUACCAAACGCCAGAUCGAGGAGUUGGAGAACGAAUUCGCCCGACACAACUAUCUGACUCGUCUACGGAGGUACGAGAUAGCCGUUUCUCUGGAUCUGACCGAGAGACAGGUCAAAGUUUGGUUCCAAAACAGGCGCAUGAAAUGGAAGAGGACGAAGAACGCCGCGGAGGCGACCGCGCGAGAUCGAACGGGACGACAGAACAUCUUCGUCUCAGAUCGGACGUCGAUGGAAGACUCGCGACCGGAAAACUUCUCGCUUUCUUGAACGACAUUUCACGCUUUCCACUCAUUUUUGAACAAAAUAUUUCGGUGCCAAAAUGUACAGAACAGACGACGACGCGUACGUGUCCGAUCGUUUUCCUACGGGACGUUCGACACUUUCAACUUCUUUCUGUCGAUGUAAGAUUGAGUUAAGAAUUAAUAAAAAGAUGCCUCAUCCGA